AUGGGUGUUGACCCUCUGUCCCCAAUUGCGCCUGUGCGCUUCAGGGCGCUCCUCCUUCCCAUCGGCAAGAUCAAGCGCUCGCGCUUUUUGAGCUUCGCUGCCCGACUACAAGCUGAAAAUGUAGUUCGACUAGGGGAUAUUAGUCCCGAUGCGCGGCCAAACAGAAACAUGUUCUCACCGCUAGCAUUUCCUACCGGACUGAUUCUUUAUGACCUUUCCUUCUCGGUCCCUCCGACUUCGCAUCUCGAACUAUUUCCUUUUGAACUAUACAGAGAGCCAUUGGUGAUCAUUGCGAUCGCAGAUGGGUCUGAAUUGCCCGAGAGCACCGGCGACGUGGAGAAGCACCCCACUCCGGAGGGACUAGAUCAAUUAUUGGAAGAGCUCGAUGGGGUGAAGGAGAGAAACCCGCGGGCUUUGGUAAACCAACUCUUGGUCUUUGAUCACCAUGGCUUGGAUAAGGUCGCAAAUGGACCGGAUAAUGUCCUUUGGGUUCCUCCGCCCCAGGCCUCCAAGGCCACGACAAUGAAGACAGUUCUAUGCGACAUUACGUCUGUUCUGCUCUCCGAAUUGGAUGAGUUUGCAAAGACCAUUCAAAGCAUACCGUCGAUCGAAUCACCUAAAGCAUCUUCAUGGGGCCCGCACCGGAACCCAGAACAUCGGCCACGGCCCGUCGACCGACUUUUGAAUCGCAUGACUCUGCCCGCACAGUUACCAUCGAGCCCACAUGGCACACAGGAUGGUACUCCAUUGAGCUCCAACGCUAGCUCCCCAGCUCCUAGCGAUCACGAGACCCCUACAACCUUUGAUGAAAUCACUCGGGCAAUUCACCUAUCCAGUCGUACAAACUCGGGCAGCAGAGCACCUUCAGUAGCAUCCCCAAAGGAGCAUAGCCGCGACCGGAUGUCUGUCAGUGGCAUGAGUGCUACUGACAGGACUAAGAACCGGAUCAAGGGUCGUGCCGGGGUGAUCAUUGGAACUCUUUUCCUGCAGGCGGGAAGGUGGCCCGAUGCCCUCAAGGAACUGACUGAAGCGGUGAAUAAUGCCCGAGCGAGCAGCGACUACAUUUGGCAUGCUAAAGCGCUCGAAACAAUUCUUCUUUGCCUGCUGAUGUUUGGGUGGGCAGGCAUGGAUUUCCAGAUUCCAUCAGUCCUAUACCCUGUUGCGGACAAAUCUUCCAAGCCUUCCCGCGACUCAGUAACCCCUAGUAGCGCUGGGAAUAGGAUUAUCUCUUUGCACAACCUAGCCAAUCUCCUGCCAGAUCUCUCGAACAACAUCUUAAAUCUUUAUACCCGCGCCGCCAACAUCACAGAUGAACCUCUCCCACAGUUAGUGUUCUCGGAGACGGUCAUUCGAUUAGCGCGGCUGAUGGUGUCAGCUCGCGUUCGCGACGGAGCCUUGGAUGACAAUGCUUUGAAGCACGUCGUGAUGAAUGAACCCUUGGUUCCAUUGCUCCAGCUAGAGCUUCCUCGGGGAACUGUUUUGCUCCGGAAGUCCGAGAUUGCUAACUUCUUAUACCGGGCUUUGCCGCUCGCCCCUGGCGCCGACUUACCUGCGACUGACGCUGUUCCCAUCAUUGUUGGCGUUGUUGCUGUCCUUAAUAUCCUUGACCUGCCUAGAAAGAAAGCAUUUAUUCUGCGUGAACUUCUUUCGGUAAUGGUACCAAGUCUAGUGCAAGCACGCAAAAUUGGUGCUGCGGAGGUGGGCAUUCAUCCUGCCGCCGGGUUGGCCUCUCUCAGCGACACCGCAUUUGAUGUCAAUGCCUUAGAUACAGGCCCCGGGAAUAUGGAGUCAAGUGUGCGUCUCCUCCUUGCGACAAUCGGGGAAAUCUACGGUGUUCAACCUUCAUCUUUCUACGAAUGGGAGAAGAGACAAAGCCAAUUAUCUAGUGUGGGCGGGCUUCAAGAAAGCACUGAAUAUGAUUCGGUUGUUAGUAUUGCCGAGCGGGCAUUUCGACAUAUAGUUCUUGAUCGUUACGGUGAUCUGAACUUGAAAAUUGAUGUCUUGAAAGCAUGCAUCAACUGCUGCGAAGCCCUUCCAGAUUUCAAUGGAGUUCUCCGUUUCACAGUUGAGCUUUUGCAGACUAUUCGGGGGGGAUAUGAUGCUGGAUCACCACCGUAUCUCCCACAAGAUGAACAAGUUCGUCUCUUAAACAACAUUAAGCGCACCGUGAGCGCAAGCAGCAGACUAGGUGUUUCAGAUAUGGUCGCAGAGUAUUGGGAUGACUUCCUAGUUCGUGAUGUCCAGUUAUUGUCACUGCCAGAUCCUAAAAGACCUGUUCGACGGUCCAAAACGGAACUGGAUGCAGUCACCACAAGCUCGGACAAGGCGAAAAAGGAUCCGUUCCUGUACAAUCCCUUCGCCAAACCUACUAGCAAGGCGUUGGAAAUGCUCACUGUCGCUGAUGAACCUGCGCCAUUCCAGGUGACUUUGCAAAACCCAUACGAAUUUGAGAUCGAGAUUGAACAUUUGCGCUUAGAGAGCAGCGGUGUGCCGUUUGAUGCAGUGGCAGAGAAUUUUGUCAUCGCUCCCCUCUCUGUGCAAGAUAUCACUGUUCUUGGCGUCGCCCACGGGGAAGGCAGCCUUCAGAUUACGGGAUGUGUCGUGAAAGUGCGAUACUGUCGAACGCGAAGAUUCCCCAUCUUCAAGACAUUCUGGAAACCUGAGCCUGAGGUCAAGUUUAAGCGAACAGGUCUGGGGGCAAAGAAGCCUCUUACGGAGCGCCCGGUUUCCUGGAGCUCAACGACCUCAAAGGAUGGGAAGGUUGACGUCAAGAAAGGUCCCGAAACAUCAACAUGUGAAGUCAAGGUCAUUGCCAAACAGCCGUCACUUGUAAUCGAGUCCAUGUCUCUAUCGCAGUCGGCGAUGAUGGUCCUGGAAGGUGAAGUCAAAACCUUCACCAUUACACUUCAGAAUGCCUCUUCGUGCCCCGUGGACUUUGUCCUGUUCACCUUCCAGGAUUCAACCACCAGACAGCUACAGUCUGCACUGAGUAACAAGGACUUGUUGCCAGUCGAGAUCUACGAGCUGGAGCUCAAAUUAGCAGCUAAGCCCGCUUUGCGAUGGCGUCGGCAGGGCCAGGACCCCAGUGACUGUUCGAUUGCAGCAGGCCAGAAGGCAACUUUUACCGUCGACGUUCUUGGAAAGCCUGGUUUACAGGAGACAACAGUCCAGAUCGACUACUCCUGCGUUGGGGCAGCCCCGGGUGAAUUGCCUGAUAUAUUCUAUACCCGACAACUGUUUGUGCCGUUGACAGUCACGGUCAAUGCGAGCGUUGAGGUUGCCCGCUGUGACAUUCUUCCGUUCAGCGGCGAUUUCGCCUGGAAGAACCAUAUUGAACCACCCGUCGACUCUACACAGAAGCCAGAUGCGUUGCUCUCCGCCACUGACAACGACCCUUUCUCGGAAGUCCUCGGGCGUCUCGGCAACGGGGCUUACGGGCCUGAUCACUGUGUUGUACUGCUUGACCUGCGCAAUGCCUGGCCGAGUCCUUUGUCGGUGUGGCUGCGCGUAAGUGAACAAACAAUGGCUACUCUUCCGAAUACGGCGACCAACGAUAAUCCCGAGGGCCAGUACUCUGUCGACGGAGACCUCCAACCCGGGCAGGUCUGUCGGUUUGUUCUGGUUUUGCCUCGCGUCUAUCUAGACAACCCACAUGCCUCUAUACCCGUCGUCAACACCGGCACUCGGAGACAAUUCGUCGUCAGCGCCAACAAACUCUCUUUCGAAGCCGAGGCGGCCUCUCGCGAAGCCUUCUGGUUCCGGGAAGAGCUCCUCAAGAGAGUUCUGGGGGGCUGGAAGGAACCUGCCACAGGCCGUGAGGGAUCCAUUGACCUUCGAAACAUCCGACUGAACAACCGUAUGGUCGAAGCUAUGCGCCUCGAAGAUGUGGAAAUGAAAUUCUCUCUGACCUCGCCAUCAUCUUCACCCUCCGAUGCAGUGGAACAAACGGGUCGCUCACGCUUCCGCGUCAAGACAGACGACCUCCUCACCCUAAAUGUCACCGUCCACAACCGCUCCUCGCGCCCCAUCCACCCCCUUCUCCGUCUCCAACCCAGCCUCCGCCACCAACCAAACAACAUCGCCCUAGAUCUAACCCGUCGCCUCGUGUGGACCGGCAUGCUGCAGCAAGCACUCCCUAUCCUGGCAAGUGGAGAGUCCACCAGUGCCUCCAUCGGUGUCACGGUCCUCUGCCGUGGCGAAUAUGAGCUCGGUGCAAGCGUCGAGGAAGCUCGUCUCCUGCGUCCGUCUCUCGAUGAUGGUGAUUCCGCUCCUCGCCGCUACAACGAUGAUGGUAUCAUGGAUACCUUUGGCGCGGAUGUUGUGCGGCGCCGACGCAUUUGGCAUGCAAAGGAGUUGUGUAUUAUCCAUGCGACCGAUUCAUGA